UCUUCGCCCUCCUCCCCAUACGUCUUGUUGACUAUCGUCAACCUCUCCAUCCCGCCCUACCUCAUCGUCUUCUACUCCGACCCACACUCUCUGUUGUCGACCUCUCGACCUCCGAUGGUAGUGUACUAGACUACCAUCUCAAGAACACGCAUCUGUUUGAGACGCAUUAUCGCAAUGCCUCUUGAACCCCACGUCUAUUCUCCAGUCGCCGUCUCAGUCCUGUCUACCGGAUUCCGUGUUUGUAAAAAGUUGGCCGUCUUCGACUCGCUCGUCUAAACCGACCGACUCUCGAUAUCUCGCCCGCCUUCUUACAUCCCGAACAAGGCUCCGCACCCCACCGCCGAGCCCUCUUCGACACGGUUUCUCCUGAUACGAUCAAGGUAACGCAAUCGCCUCAUUGGUCCGCUUGACCUGGGACGGCGACUGGAAGGUAACUUCCAACCUAUCCGCACAUAUAUCAAAAUGAAUUACGAACACGACGCCUCCCCUGGCUUCGUCCAACCUGUCCGAAACAACAUUUACAACUCCUCUAUAUCUUCUGCAGCCUCCGCCUCUACCGCCUCUAUCUGGUCCACCGCCUCUGCGUCUUCUCAGGGUUCCGAUGAUUCUUCGAUCUUCGAUGGUCCUGUGACAAGCCAGGCUUCGGAUAGCGACAGCUGUGAUUCCUUUCUCUCAAGAAAAGGUAUCAACCAGCCCAGUGUCGUUCCUACAGAGCUCCGACAGAAUCCCCGCAGGAGCGCUGCUGGACGCGCUGCCCCCCCUUUACUGGUUCGUCAGUCAGAUCGCAAGGUUGACUUUGUUGAUAACCUUGUUGACUCUUCGACACAAAUUGUAGAGGCUAUCUGGCCCACUUCGUCGUCGCUAUGCCGUCGCGAACAGGGCAGCAAGGGUGUGCUUCCCUUGCGAACAUUCAUCCAAGAGACUCUGCGCCGCUCGCGUACAAGCUUCUCCACACUGCAGGUGGCCCUGUAUUAUUUGCUUCUCAUCAAGCCUCGUGUUCCCUCGCACCGUUUCAUCAUGGAACAAUUCGAUGACCGCGCGGCUACACAGUCAUUGCUGUGCGGACGCCGUAUGUUCCUGGCAGCUCUGAUCCUGGCAUCCAAGUACCUCCAGGAUCGCAACUACUCGGCGCGCGCCUGGAGUAAGAUCUCUGGGUUGAACACACAAGAAAUCAAUCAAAAUGAGAUUGCAUUCUUACAGGCUGUUGACUGGAAGCUGCACAUUUGCAAGGAUGUCUACCAGGCAUGGGCGGACAUCGUGCACAAGUUUACACCACCUUCUGGUCCGUCCUCACCUGGUGGCUGCUCUCAGCUUGUCUCACAGCAGCAUGAAGUGUGGAGGCACAUAAUUUUGGGACUCGAUGCUGACUUGAGCAACAUCGAGGCUCUGGUAAUCUCGGCACACUCUAGCCUCAAGGCUAGUGACUUGUCCCUGGCCUCGCCUCGCAGCAUUCUGAACAUGGCCCAAGAAGCCCCCACGUCUACCCCUGCCCCACGGAGCACGCCUGCGCCCAUGGAGCCAACGCCUUUUGGCGCGCGUGCGACCGGCCGCAUGGGUCCGACUACUACGCAGCUGCCGACGCCGCGUUUGACACCGCAGAGUAAUGGACUCAGCACCCCUGCUGCGGGAGCUGCUCCAUCUACACUCUCAAGGUCAAACGCAAUGGCUUCAGCCAUGUCGCAGGCCACCGUUUGCAACACUGCGCACUAUCUUGAUCGUCUUCCUACCCCGGCGUCGUCAUCGCCCCAGAGCUACAGCUCGAUCCGUCGCUCCUCGCUGGCCAACUCGGUGUCGACCGCAUCGUCUCCCGAGUCCAUGAUCUCCGACUCUUCACGACUUUCGCGCUCAUCCUCCUUCUCGUCUGUUUCCUCCUCUGCUAGCGCGACGCUCCCGUCGCGAUUCAGAACCACGAAACCGGGUAAUGAGAGAUUGAGCCGAAAGCCGUCAUUCCCGUCUGUGCCCGAGCAGGACUGCGAUAUCCAGGAAUCAGCAUCGCCUGGUUCAUAUACUGGUCCAGUCGGACACGUCGGGGAUUGGUCGGUGCCAGUGGACCACAACUUGACCGGCCGCAAGCGGCAGCUUGGCGAUAUGAUGAACGAUGCUGCGUCAAAUGCUGCGCGCACCCUCCAGGAGCUUCGGAGAUCCCGUGGUGCCGUUGGGACCCACACGACGAAUGACGAUACUCCCUUGCAGUCUAACGUUCGCGAUCUUCUGAACGUAUCGUAUGGGCAGUCGGGAUGGCCUGCAUCCAUGUUGGAGACACGUUACCGCCCAGAGUACCCGGACAGGAAACGUGUUUGCUGCUCCACCGAAGCCAGUCGUGUGUACAACGCGACUCCUGCUUUUCAUGUGCGGGCCCUUGGCAUGUGGCAGGGUAUUUUGAACUGAAGCUGUAGGCUUGUGCCCAGCAAACGCAAAGUCAACACUAGGCAAACUAUUUCCUUUGUCUCCCAGCGGCAGUCUUUGGAGCCGGCUAGCGCAGCAUGCUUGCUGCAUGGAUGCGCUGCCUCAAAUGUCUUUCUCGGAAAAGCGAAGCAUUACCCAUGCGAGGUGU